GUUCCCCGCCAGCACAAACCGGCGACGAUAUCGCGCGACCACCAUCGUGCGCACCAUCACCACCACCACGGGCAUUCGCAUCACCAUCACCACCACCACCAUCACCAGCAGCAGCAGCACCCGGCGCUGGCGGCGGUGGCGCCGCCGCUGCGGCCCAACCUGCCGCCCAAGCCCCGACGCAUGGUGAACCCCGAAGACGCGUUCGCCUUCGAGAUCAUCGACACGGACGAGCUGCCCGGCGGCGGCGCCGACUUCGCCCUGCGCGCCUUCGACCCGCCCCCGCCCGCCCACCACGCCCACGCCCAGACACACGCCCACGGACACGGACACGCCCACCACGAGGACGCCCUGCAGCGCGGCGCCUCCAGCCUGCGUCUCAAGCGCUGCCCGCAGGUGAGCCGA